UUUCACCCGGAGAACUUAGGAGAGCACACCAACCCGGAAACGAGCUGAAAGUGGCUUCCUUCCCAUGCGUAUUAAAGAAGAGAGAAGAUGGUGGCCACGCGGCGGGGAACGCGGCGGAGUGCGCCGGAGAGCAGGGACCACCCUGGAGAAGCAGAGGUGAGAAGGAAGCGGAGCGAUAUCUAGGGAGAGGGGGGGGGACAAAGGGGCAGCCGGCCCGAGCGAUUCUGUUUCCGGCCCGCGCAGCUCCCGCGCUGGAGUUUGAAUGCGCAGACCCCUCAGUCCGUCCGGGAGCGCGCGUAGCCUCCGUGCGCGUGACCGGAGACCGUUGCGCCGCGAGCACUGCCGUGGAUCCACUGCGGGGGAUCACUGCAGCCCUGAUGGCGGCGGCCGCGGGGCUCCUGCUAAAGUCCCCUCGCGUGCCUUGAAGCGGUCCCCCGCCCCCCACUCUACUUCACUGGGGGGGGGGGCAGGGCGGCGCAGAUGUGUUUUGCAUGAUGGAUAUUAAGAUGGGCUCGGAGCUGGAGAGAUGCGGUGCAAUCUGAGGCACCGUUCUGACUGCUGCCUCUCUGAAGGAAAACAUUGCAGAGAGGAAUCGGAUAUCUCAUGGCUUAUUCUUAGUGGGGCUCAUUCACCCCAUAGAGAAAGCUCUCGAGGCAGGACCACCCUCUGCCUUUAGGAGGGGCGGGGUACAGAGGUGAGAGAUUGGGCGGCAAAGCUACCACCGCAAGAUACGCUAGCUGUGGUACUGGCUGCCCUCACAUAUAGCGGAGGAUGCUGUCCCAUCGCUAGCGCUGAGGUAAGAUUCAAUGGUUUCCAUACAUAGAAGUAGGGAUUGUCAUUUUGUUGUUUCCCUCAAGCAGCAAAAUGUCUUGGGCUCGCAGUGCUUGCUAGCAGAUUGUACCUUGUUGGUUUUAUGGAUCCGUUUGUGAGGUAAGUGUAGCAGUAUUUCUUAGAAUUGCCUUUAGCUAGAUAGUUGCCAUACAGUGUGGAUGUGUUGAUGAUCUAGUUUCUGCAAACUGCAUGGUGCAUGAUGCUACCAUAACAUUUACAGCCAUGGGGACUUAAAUAGCACAGCCGUUGUCAAAAUGGGACCACAGGAGUCCUUCAGACAUAAUGAUGCUUUCUGGUGUUUUAGUAAAACCCUAAACUGCUGCUGAAUUAUGCUCCUAAGCAGAUGCGUAAGUGUCCUCUUCUCCAAGUGAGAGUUACGGUACAUUAAAGCAAACAGUUUGGGGGUCUUAUCUUUUGAAUUGUCUAUCAAAAAACUUAUAAAUGGUUUUUGUUGGCAAGGUAAAACUAAGAAGAUGACUUGCUGUGACAAUUCGUGUAAUAUUGUUUCAUUCUAACAAUAGCUAAUGGAUUAAAAAGCCACAAUGCAUUGGAAUCUGAGAGUGGAGUUUCUCAUGUGGCUUUUGCCUGUGGAAAUAGCUUUUACAUAUUAUUUAACAUUAUUCUCUUUCUUACAGCUGGACUCAACGGAAGGCAGCACAUCUGUCAGGACAACUAGGAGAAGUAAAGUGAAUUUCCCUGCAAAAGUUGUUCCUGAGCCUCCUCUUGAGAAAACAAAGGAGUCUGAAACAAAAAUGGAUGCGGAGGAGCCUCUGCAAGCGCAGGCAUCUCUGAAUAGGAGAAAGGCUGUAAAUUUGGCAGACUCAGUUGCUGAACUGCAGGCUGAUGGGGAUAUUUCUGAAGCAGAAUCAAAUUGCUCCUCUGUGUCUGGUCUUCAGACACCUUUAUUUAUAAGAAUAACAAGAAGGCGGAAAAUUGUAGUUCCUUGUCCACCAGAGACGCCCACUAAAAGCAGGCAGAGCAAGAAAGCUCCUCUUAGUGAAGGAAGCAGAUGUCAAGAAGAUGAUGACAUAUCUGAAGCAGAAUCAUGUUCUUCCACUGUUUCAGGAGUACGGACUCCAAGUGUUGCAAGAAUGACUAGAACUCGGCAAGUCAAGACUACUGUUUCACCAGUGUGUGAGGCCCAAGCUGAAGAAGUUUCUGAUACAGAAUCAUGGUGCUCCGGUAUUUCUGCAGAGCAAUCUGUCCAGUCUAAACGAAUAACCAGGAGCAUGGGGCUGAGAUUGUCCAAAGAAGCAAUGUCUCAGCCUGAAAGAAAAAGUGAAGCUGUGGUGGAAGAAGCAAAACUGACUGACUGUGUAACAAAAUCUGAGACUAUUGUAAUCUCUGAUUCAGAGCAACCUACAAAUUCUGAUUUAGAUGUAGACCAAGCCUCAUCUCUCUCAACUCUUUUGAUAAACGAGAAACCUAGCCCCUGUAAAACAAAGGGCCAUUCUGAAUCUGUUCUCAACAAUGAUCCAAAACAGAUUGUGUCAAGCAGCCCCCCACGAAAGGCAAGAGAAUGCACAAAAAAAUCACCUAAAAAAGACAAGACAAAUGAGAGGAACUGUGAAUCUGUGGGCAGUGUGGAGGUAAAGAUAAGAGAGGAGAAAGAUAUCAAGGAAUUGGUCACAAAACAAAUGUUAGCUGAUGUAUAUGAAAUUGCGGAGAGCACAGAGGAAGUGUGUGAUCUAACUUUAGAAAAAUCCAUAAAGGUAACUAAGAACCAGUCACCUAUAAAAAAUAAUUCGGACAUUUCUCCAUAUGAUGACAUAAAACUUGAUCAGUCUAGUAUGCUCCUGAAACAGACAACUGCUAAUAAAAACAAAAGCAAUGUGGAACCUCAAAAAAUGGAUACUGGAAAUGUUACACAGUAUCAAGUAGAAGAGGCAGUAGAAGUAGGCAAGCCAUCAAAAAUAGAUAGCCCACAAAAAAAUAUUAUCCAGUCACGAAAUAUAGAAAGCAACAGUGAUGACUGCAGAAUUUCUGUUGCAAGUUCAGACAGUGAUGGAAGGCAAGAUGAACCAGUUGCUGGAUCAUCUUCACAUACAACCAAAACAGGCCAUGAAUCACAUUUGACUGUGUCACUUCUUACAAGUGAUGAGGGUGAAGAAUCUGAAAACAGUGAUUUAGAAGAAAUUAAUGAAGUAGAAACAAUUGCCAGUUCGACAGAUACUAGUAAAAAAACCACUACCACCUUACAUGAAUCACAUAGUGAAGAACUAUUUGUAAUUGAUAAAACUCCUGGCUUGGACUCCACCAGAUCAUGGUAUUUAGAAGAGAAGGACACAGAAGGUAAUAAACAAAGUGAGGAAUCCUCUGAAUUGGAAGACAGUGAAGAAGAAUUUAUAGAUGAGGAGGAAGAUUUAAUAAAUGAAAAUAAUAAAAUGUAAGUUAUCUCAAUGAACUUAGUUAUAGUUUAUGUUAAGCAGUAUUAUUAGAUGCAUGUAUCUGGGGCAGAAUUGUUUAUUAUUUUACAAGGUCUGAGAAAAUGGAAGCAGUGGCAGACAUGAAUUGUCUGAUACAUGAUUUCUAGUUUUCCAGGGAAUAGUCACCAUAGUGUAGGGGCAAAAAAGCUGCUUAAAAGUUACUGUAAACUAGGCUGUUGACAGUCUGUGGAUUUGCCAUAUGCAUUUCAGCUGCUUUUUAAGAGCUUUCUGUUGGGAGUGUACCAGUGGCGUAGCGUGGGGGGUGCACGGGGGGGCCGGGCGCAACAUCUGGGGGUUAGGGUUAGGGGGCGCAAAUUCACGGGUUAGGGGGUGCAAAUUACUUGCCUUGCCCCGGGUCCUGACAACCCACGCUACGCCCCUGGAGUGUACAACCUUGGUACUCUGUUGAAAGCUCUGUUGCAGCUCACAUGCCUUAGGGAAAAGUUAAAACUUCAGUUAAAGAGUUGUCUGCAUGUCUUGGUUCCUAUGGGAAGGAGUUAAUAGGUGUGUGUCAGUGCUUUUGAGACUGAUUUGGUUUGCUCAUUUAAAUAUUUUUCUGUAAUAAGCUUUAGAAGGUGGUGUCAAAAUGCAUGUAAAUUUAACAUUUCUUUCUCUUCUAGUUUAUCAUUUUCAAGCAGCAUUGAUCCUGGUCUAAAUGUUAAAAACCUUGGAGGCUCAUAUAUUAGUUUUGAUGCAGGAAAGCAGAAAUCUGGCUUUCAUAGAGUUGUGCCACUAAAGGAGAAAAAGAAAGAUGAGGUAAAGUACCCAAUGUUCACUGUUGUGCUAAAAGGUGGGUUAGAAGGAAGCCCUCAGUAAAACAUUGGAGGAAUCUACUCAUUGUUUUUGCCAGAAAAACUGCAUUUUCCAGAUUUUCUUUUCUUUGAUGCUCCUUUCUCAGCUUAACUUCUCAACUGUUCUGUGAUUUCUACAAGUCCUAUUGAGCCACUCGUCAGUAACCUUCCUGUGACUCAGUUUUUUGUCCUGACCUAGUCCUUAGGGAGCUUAACUUUUAUUGUAACUGCAGUUUUCAAGUUUCCUAAAAAUUCUUUUGUGUUCUGUCUGCUUAGCACUGUGUAGUAAUUAUGCUACUUUAAUAUACCUUUAUAGCUUUUGAAAAAGAGUAUUAUAACUCCAGAUUUUGAAAAAAAGGAAUCUGUUCCACCUUUGAAAGAAUCGGUCCACCAGUUGAAGAAACAACGUAGGGUAAGUAGAGCGUUACUGAGAAAUGCUCAAUGCUACAAGAAUUGGGCUGACUUUAUAGCUCUCUGAGGGCAUGUAAGCACCCGUCACUUCACUUCUCAGCUUAGUCUGCCUUACAAUGAUUAGAUAAUGGGAUUAUUAUUAUUAUUAUUAUUUAAUUUGUAUAGCGCCCUUCAUCCGAAGAUCACAGGGCGGUUCACAACAUAAAAAUACGAAACAGGAACACAAAAAGCAAAGCAAUAACCCCUCUUCCACAAACACAUUUAAAAGAUCAUAGAAUGUUUAAUCAGCCAAAGGGUGGUGACAUAUAAGCUGUUCUGAGCUUCUUGGAAGAAGAACAGAAAAUAUGACAAAUGAAAGAUGAAGAAGGUUGAUAAUAACAGGCUCUUCCUUUUUAAAAGCACUCUUCAGCCCUUGAGCAAAAUGCCAGCGAAAUCAGAUUCAAUCAAGUGCUCCUUAAUGUUCAUGUGGUUGCAUGUGACAGCUGCAACACUGACUCAGUAGGUCUUUUUUACAGCUUAGCCUGUGAAGUCAGACAGCAGCAUGUGAAGAAGACUUAAGAGCACAUGGGUGCCAGAAGAAAGGGGCUUGCCAAGAGAUUAUGAUUCCUGAAGAGACGAGGACUUGGAGGCUUUAGGAUGGGUGUGGGGAACCAUGCAAGAGUGAGAGGCAAUAGCUUAGAGGAGGACAAAAAGGUGAAAGCUUAAGAUUGGAUGUUUGUGGAUAUUUGGGGGAACAGAGGAGGAAGUAAGCUUCAUGUGGAAGAUAUGGCUACAAUGAAUGAGGAAAGAGUGAUACUGUGCAUAUGGUGAUGUCAGCUUGUAAGUGUGGGUUACUUAAUAUUACAGGAGCUUCUUGGGUAUUUGAGUUUAAUUUGGCACUAAAGUGUCAUAUUGAAACUGAGAUGUAUUCACUUGAAACAUUAGUUAAAAUUUAAAGGCUAAUAACAGAGUCUGACUUCAGCCCAUAGAUGCUGUAUUUCCAUGCCCACUGCUGGAUGGUGGUGGGAAGCUGUAUUAUCAAAACAUUGUCAGAGGAAAUCCAAAGCUUUAUCUAUAUGGGGAUAACACACAUGCACACUCAUUCACAUCCACACACUACUUAAACACCUUACCCACUUCUUACCUGUAUAAUCUCUAAAGUACUUCUUUACUUUUAAAAUAACACAUGAAGACCUUGGUAAACUAAUAAUGUUGGUUUAGAUAGUUACAGUUGCUUUUUUAAAAAUUCAUUGAAGCCUGUUUAAAUACAAGGAAAAUGUUUGAAUAUUGUGAAAACUGUCUUAAUGUAAAGCUCUAAACGUUAGAAUAACCUUUUGUUAUAUGUCCAGCUUCUAACACUUUUAAUCAUAAAGCUUGCUUGCAGUUCUUAACUAGCUGACUUUAUUGCAUGAAAAUGCAGUUGUUUAUUAGCAAGUGGACAAAUACUGAACUGCUGUUUCUUGGUGUGUUGAAUACAGGCAGAGCGAGAGAAAACAACAGGCAAUGGUUGGUUUGGUAUGAAAGCCCCAGAAAUGACUGAUGAAUUGAAAAAUGACCUUAAGGCUCUGAAGAUGAGGGCAGCCAUAGAUCCUAAGAGAUUUUAUAAAAAGAAUGACAGAGAAGGUCUCCCCAAAUACUUUCAGGUAAGAAAAUGAAGAUAUUUUCAACUGGUUUUGGGUUUCUGCUACACCACGCUGAAGUUAAGCAUACUUUGGAACAUACUGACCAUUAUCUACUUUCCUUAGGUAACAAAUUUUGUAUGUGCAUGUCACCUUAAGAAUUAAACACUGCAUUAAAAUAUGCUCCAAAAUCUGGGCUUAUUGUAUUCCAGCAUAUAUCUUCCUUCCGUCAUUCAGUUGCAUUUCAUUUGCUCAGCAUAAUGCUUUUUGCCUCCUGACUUUCAAAUGUAGUAUGCACAAAACAUUUCUGUGUUCAUUUUUUUUCAUUGCUACUGCUUGAAAAAGAAAGUGCAUGGCUCCCUGCUACAUCCAAAGCUUCACUCCUUGUAUAUAUUUUUAUUGUAGCCAGUUACUAGAGUCCAGAGCACAUAUAAGCAGUAGUAAGUAGAUGGUAUGGUGGGGCUGCAUUGCUCACCAGACCUCCUGAUGGCUGAGUCCCUGCAGCACAUGAGGGGAGUUGGUGGCUCUCUAUUGCGCUGACAUCACCCCCUCCACUCCACUAUGCAGCAGCAACUUGACCACUGGGAUAUUACAGCUCCACAAUGCUGACCAUCACAACAGAUAAGCAUACUGAAGAGUCAAAUGGAUUCAGCUGAACUUGCACCAUUAUUUGAACUUAAAUUCAGUAAACAUGUUUAACUGUGUGCUAGAUUUAUGAAUCUCCCCCUAAGAUGAGCUCAAUAAAAGUGUCUUAGCAUGCUGCUUUUCUUUCUUUUAUAUCAAAACCUUUUCUGGAUAUUGCAAGUUCUUCACUGUGUUGUAUGUAUUUAGCAGUUGUGUUUGAGAGUGUAGUAUGUACUGGGCAUCACUGCUCUUUGUUUGUCCAGUGACGCCUCUUUUGUAAAAAUAGCCCUUCAAGUGUAUGUAGCAAUAAAAUAGCUUCUAUUUUCUUUUCUCAGGUUGGAACUGUUGUGGAUUCUCCAAUAGACUUCUAUCAUGCCCGAAUUCCCAAGAAAGAGAGGAAGAAGAACAUAGUGGAAGAACUUCUGGCAGAUUCUGAGUUUAGAAGGUAUUUGGAAUGAAUUUCAAUUGAAAACUUUAUACAAGCAAUGUGGUGAUGUCAAAGAAUGUGUUACGGUUUUACUAGCAAUAUCUGGAGGACCACAUUACUCCCGUAUGAUCUUGUGCAUUUAACAUCAGAGGCCCUGCUAUGCAUCCCAAACAUUUUCAGAAGCAUAGUUGGUUGGAAUUUGAGGCACAGGGCCUUGUCCAUUUCAGUGCUCAGAUUAUACUGAAACUGUCUGUUUGGGGUUGUGUUUUUAUUGCUUUGAUGUCACAUGAGUAAUGCUGUAAGUGCUUUGUGUAUAUAUAAAGAACGGCAGGGUGGGUUUCUUUAUUUUUAAAAAUGCAUAUUCAUGGAUACAGGAGAAAAAGACAAUCCUGAAAAGUCGGCAGAGAUACUUCAUCUCUUUGGGGUGUUCCCAGUGUGCAAGCAGAAUGGACCUAUGCUCACAGUGGAACUUCACUUUUCUCUCCUCCCCUCAUGAGUGCCAUCAGAAUCUGGUACAGUAGGUUGGAGCAGAUUUUGAGGGUGAAUGGGGAGCUGCAGUGCAGAGAGGAAUGUGAAUCCCCUUUGAACAAGCAUCUAGUUAUGCAACAUUGGAUUCCAGCCUCUGUCUUUGUAAGAAUUGCAUAUUGCGGUUCAUACUGCAUGUUGUAGUAGCAUCUUGCUUGCCUGUUAAGACAGAGCCCAUUUUCUUCCUGUUUUAAGGUAUUUAUGUUGGAGAGACAAUAUUGAGAUUCUGUGCCUGAUUGGGACAUGCAUGAUGAUUCAUUGCUGCCCGUUCAAUCUCUUGUUAGGGUGUAUGAGAAACAGUACUUCUGUUUAAUUUUAAUCAAUUAAUGAGUGUAAUUUCAGUUGUGACUAGUAGAAUUGGCAUCAUAGAAUAGCUGUUUUUAUACUAAUAUAAAACUAAGAUGUUAGCUAUAAAAAUAUUCCUUUUUUAAGUUUCUUGGAACUAGUUUUAUUCUAAAAAAAACCAUCUAAAAUCUUUUCUCAGUUUUAUUGUAGCUAGUAGGAUCAUACCAGGGGUCCUUCUAGUCCUGAAUUCUGUUUGUAACAGUGGUUAGCCACCUGUCUUCAGGACGUUCACAAGGAGGGUAUGAGGCAACAGCUCUCUUCUGGUGUUUGUUCUGGUACUCAAAUGCACCAGCAUUGAAUACCAUGGUUCAUUUUCUCUAUCGUGGCCAACAAUAAUUGCUAUUACUAAAUUAAAUCUAUUUUUUGGUUUGGUCUAUAACUGAUGAUAGUCACUACGCUGCUUAAAGUUACUUUGCACCUGCAUAUUUUUAAUGUAUAUUAUUCAUACCUUAUAACAUUAUUUCUCUUGUUCAGAUAUAAUAAAAGGAAGUAUCAAGACAUCAUUGCUGAAAAAUCAGCCCUUGCAGCAGGCAAGAAGUAUCGGAAGAAGAAAAAAUUCCGCACAUAGCUUUAAAAAAAGGGGGGGGGGGCUGAACUUAAAUUCCCUGUUAAAGAUAAGAUUUUACAACUACUGGACUCAGUUAUCUUAUCAGGAAGAAGAGGACAAGGCCGGUCCUGGUUUUCCAGCAAUAUCUUGGAAGUGGAAUUGAAAUAUGUAAACCGCUUUGAGGUUUUCUUUACAAACAAGCAGUGCAUAAAUUUUGUGAAAUAAAAUAAAUAAAAGAUGAUGGAACUAACCUUCAGAAAGAAAAAGAUAAACUUAUGCAAUAUUAAGCAUUCUGAAUAUAUAUGGGUCAAUUAAAUAAAAAAUGACAAUUCUAAUAUAAACUUAAAAAUCUUAAAAUGAAAAUUUGUGAUGUUGGCAUAGAAAAGUGUAAAACCUGUGUGUGCUUCCCCAUUAAAAUAUUUCUAAGAAUUC